ACUCCCUUCGCUACUCUUAGUUUCAAUUUUAACGUCGACCAAGCUGCCGGCUCCUUCGAUUCGACCGCAUGUUUUGAAAGUGUCCGUGUGUGAGUGACUAUCUGUGUGUGUAUACGGUAUUGAAAUUGUGAGUCAGCGCGAUACAUACAUAUAAGGACAGAAGUGAACAUGGGAGCAAAGCAGAGUAAGCGGUCGGUGGACAUAAGCGGCAAGGAAGCCGAGAACGCCGGUGAAGUGGCGGCGGCGGGCGCCGGCGGCGAGGGCCGCGUCGAGGCGCUCGCCGACGCCGACGCCGGCGUCAAGCCGCAGCUCAACGGCGACGCGCACAUACAGCCCCCGCUCGAGAUCUCAGACAAAGAGAAACAGCUCGACAGCGGGACUCCCGAGAACGAAAAGGACGCAACAACAGAGAAGGAAGGCAAAGAGGAACAGAACGGAGAGAAGGAACCCACACCCGUCACCAACGGAGACAGCGAGCAAAAAGAGGAGAACGGGGAAUCCGUGCCCACGCCCGAGGACGGCAAGAAACCUAAGAAGGAGAAGGUCAAGAAAAAAUGGUCACUGAGGUCCAUCAGUUUCAGCAGAAAAGACAAGCCAAAGCAGGAGAAGAAAUCCAAGGACGAGGAGCCCAAAACUAACGGCGAGCCAGAGAAAGUGCCGGAAGAGGCGGCCGAAGCCACCCCGGAGUCCGUCGAGAAUAAAAUAGCGGAAGUCGCGCAGCCCAUCGUCGAGACGAAGGAGGAGAAGACCCCCGAGACGCCCGUCACCGAGCCCCUGACCAACGGCAGCAGCACGCCCGACUCGCCCAAGCCCGAGCUCGCCGCCGACCCGCCCGCCGCCGCCGAGCCCGCGCCCGUCGCCGCACCGUCGAGCCGCGCCCGCGCCCGCACCCGUCACACCCGCACCCGCACCCGUCGCCGUCAGCGACACGACGCCCGAACAGCUCCCGGUCAACGGCCUCUCGCUAGACGAGCCCAAACCCUCGGCGCCCGCGGAGCCCGCCGUGCAGGACAGCCAGCCCGCGCCGGCGCCGGCCAACACAGAGGUUUGGCCGCCCCCCCUCCACACCCCGCGCCCCCGCCGCUCCCCGCCAGCCCGCCCCCCUCCUGCGUCGCGUCCUUCGCCGCCACCACCAUGGCCCCCGAGCUGCUGCACGCCGAGCCCGUGUCGCCCGCUGCACCUGAACACCUACACGAAACUAGUGCUGAGGCGAGACAGACUGAUAACACUAAUUUAGUUGUAACUCAAAUUUCCCCUCCCUUGAAGGAAACCGCCCCGGCGCCGGUGACCGCGAACGAAGAUGGAGACUGUGAGGCUCCCUCCGCUAGCGAAAUUAUCGAUGCUCCCGAGGAGAUUAAACCCGAAUCUGAGAUGAUUAAACCCGAACCUGAGGCGAUUAACCGCGAACCCAAGGCGAUCAAAACGGAAGAAACGUUAGCGAACGAGCGCGUCGUCGCCGACAGUAUUAAAACGCCCGUAGAAUCGGUCGAAAUUGCCGAAAUCCCCAAAGCGGAGCCCGAAAUCGAAAGCGAAGUCGUGGACCCCCCGAGUGUCGACAGUGACGCCCCGGUACCGAACGUGAACGGAAACGACUCGAUAAAAACGGAAAGUCCGGCAGCGGAGCGGGCGAACGGUAUCGACGACGUGGCGGCCGUCGAGCCCGGCUCCGAGACGGACGAGCCCUCCGAGCCGGCCUCGUGCGGCGAGGAGCUGCCGCCGCCGCCGCCCGAGGACGAGCUGCCCGCGCCCGUCGUCAGCAACGGCCACCACGACACCGACGACAUCCCCGACGACGCCGAACAGAAAAUACUAAAGAGCAAGAAAGUAGACGCGCUCGGGAACAUAGUGGCGGAGGUGGAGUGCAACGGGAACGGCGACGCGGAGUCGCCCGCGCCGGCGUCCGAGUCGGGCUCGCUGCCGCCGCCGCCCGCCGAGCCCGCCGCCGCAGACCAGGAGCCCCUGCCCAUCGCGGACAAGAUCGCCGACUUGAUACCAGAGAUCCCGACCAUCCCCGAACUGAAGACCGAAACGGAGAGCGCGGUGGCGGUGGCGGACUAGAGCAGGGAGCAGCGUCCAGAACAAGCCUUUAAUUUAUUCCCAUUUCGUGGUAAAGAGUGUCGAACUAAGUUCGCUCGUUUCACGUUCGGUUUUAAAUGUGACCUUUCAUAUA